GGAUAUUAUUUGUAUCUUCUCAUUUUGAAUUUCAAAAUUUUGUGGCAGGCGCACCGUAGACCUUUAACCGUAUACUUGUGGAAACCGACGUAGCAGACCCCCACCUUCUGUGCUUAUAUAUACUAAACCCCAUUCCUGAAACCGACAUGACAAAUUUGAAAUCGAUUUGAGAAGGCGUCUUAAUAAACGCCCUUCGAAUACCUCUUUCUUCCUUCGAAACCCUAGAUCUACGAUCUUCAUCUUCUCGUUUUCCAUUCUUCUCUAAAACCAAACGAAAAUGAGAGAGUGCAUUUCAGUUCACAUCGGACAGGCCGGUAUUCAGGUCGGGAAUGCCUGUUGGGAGCUCUACUGUCUGGAGCAUGGUAUUCAGCCCGAUGGCCAGAUGCCAAGUGACAAAACUGUCGGCGGAGGUGACGACGCCUUCAAUACCUUCUUCAGCGAAACAGGAGCUGGGAAACACGUUCCCCGAGCUAUCUUCGUAGAUCUGGAGCCCACUGUCAUCGAUGAAGUAAGAACUGGAACAUAUCGUCAACUCUUCCACCCUGAACAACUCAUCAGUGGGAAAGAAGAUGCUGCUAACAACUUUGCACGUGGUCACUACACCAUUGGAAAAGAGAUUGUUGACCUCUGCCUUGACCGAAUCCGCAAGCUUGCCGACAACUGCACUGGUCUCCAAGGCUUCCUAGUCUUCAACGCCGUUGGUGGAGGAACAGGUUCUGGACUUGGUUCUCUUCUACUCGAGCGUUUGUCUGUUGACUAUGGAAAAAAGUCAAAGCUAGGGUUCACUGUUUACCCUUCACCCCAAGUUUCAACCUCUGUUGUUGAGCCUUACAACAGUGUCCUCUCCACUCAUUCUCUCUUGGAACACACUGAUGUCUCUGUGCUUCUCGACAAUGAAGCCAUCUAUGAUAUCUGCAGAAAGUCUCUAGACAUCGAACGCCCUACCUACACCAAUCUCAACCGUUUGGUUUCUCAGGUUAUCUCAUCAUUGACAACAUCUCUUCGAUUUGAUGGAGCAUUGAAUGUGGAUGUAACUGAAUUCCAAACAAAUCUCGUCCCAUAUCCACGUAUCCACUUCAUGCUUUCUUCAUAUGCACCCGUGAUUUCAGCUGAAAAAGCCUACCAUGAACAGCUCUCAGUAGCAGAAAUCACCAACACUGCUUUUGAGCCCUCUUCCAUGAUGGCCAAAUGUGACCCUCGCCAUGGGAAAUACAUGGCUUGCUGUUUGAUGUACAGAGGUGACGUGGCACCAAAGGAUGUGAAUGCAGCUGUGGGGACCAUUAAGACGAAAAGAACAAUCCAGUUUGUGGACUGGUGUCCGACUGGGUUCAAAUGCGGGAUUAACUACCAAUCCCCGACUGUGGUCCCGGGUGGUGACCUGGCGAAGGUGCAACGUGCGGUUUGUAUGAUUAGUAAUUCGACUUCUGUUGCUGAGGUGUUUUCGAGGAUUGACCAUAAGUUUGACUUGAUGUAUGCGAAGAGGGCGUUUGUGCAUUGGUAUGUGGGUGAGGGGAUGGAGGAAGGGGAGUUUAGUGAGGCGAGAGAGGAUUUGGCUGCUUUGGAGAAGGAUUAUGAGGAGGUUGGGUUGGAGAGUGGGGAAGGGGAGGAUGAUGAAGAGGAGGAGUAUUGAAGAGUGUGAGAGGAGGGGUUUAAUUACUUAUUUUUGUUUUGGGAUAUUGUUGUGUUAGGGUGUUGGGUUAUGCCUUUAUGAUGUUUUUGGUUAUGUUUUUUUUUUAAAUGUUGUAGUUGAGAACUUGAGGUGAUAUGGUGU